GGCAGAGGGGAGGGGGUGGGGGAGGUAAAGAGACUGUGAAAGCAUUCCAGAGUAGUGAGAGAGAUCCGAGAUCCAGAAAGGGAGAAGGCACCGCCCCCACCCCGCCUCCGAAGCUGACCGGCGGGCUUGAGUGGAACAGGCACAGGACUGCACGCUCCUUCUCCUGCUGCCAUGGGGCCCUGCAUGCCUCUCCUCAUCUUGUUCCUUUUGUCACGGCUGCGACCCCUUCAAGGACAGCAGCACCACCUUGUGGAGUACAUGGAACGCCGACUAGCCGCCUUAGAGGAACGGUUGGCCCAGUGCCAGGACCAAAGUAGCCGGCAUGCUGCUGAGCUGAGGGACUUCAAGAACAAAAUGCUGCCGCUGCUGGAGGUGGCCGAGAAGGAGCGAGAGGCGCUCAGAACUGAGGCUGACACCAUCUCGGGGAGAGUGGACCGGCUAGAGCGGGAGGUUGACUAUCUGGAGACCCAGAACCCAGCACUACCCUGUGUGGAGGUUGAUGAGAAAGUGACCGGAGGCCCUGGGAUCAAAGGCAAGGGCAGAAGAAACGAGAAGUACGAUAUGCUGACAGACUGUGGCUACACAAUCUCUCAGGUGAGAUCAAUGAAGAUCCUGAAGCGGUUCGGUGGCCCUGCUGGUCUGUGGACCAAGGAUCCAAUGGGGCCAACAGAGAGGAUCUAUGUGUUAGAUGGGACACAGAACGACACGGCCUUCGUCUUCCCGAGGCUGCGGGACUUCACCCUUGCCAUGGCCGCCCGGAAAGCUUCCCGGGUCCGGGUGCCCUUCCCCUGGGUAGGCACGGGGCAGCUGGUCUAUGGUGGCUUUCUUUAUUAUGCCCGGAGGCCUCCCGGAGGACCCGGAGGGGGAGGGGAGUUGGAGAACACUUUGCAGCUCAUCAAAUUCCAUCUGGCAAACCGAACGGUGGUGGACAGCUCAGUAUUCCCGGCGGAGGGUUUGAUCCCCCCGUACGGGCUGACAGCGGACACGUACAUUGACCUGGCAGCCGACGAGGAGGGCCUCUGGGCUGUCUAUGCCACUCGGGAAGAUGACAGGCACUUGUGUCUGGCCAAGCUGGACCCACAGACGCUGGACACAGAGCAGCAGUGGGACACCCCGUGCCCCAGGGAGAAUGCCGAGGCCGCCUUCGUCAUCUGUGGGACCCUAUACGUUGUCUAUAACACCCGCCCUGCCAGCCGGGCCCGCAUCCAGUGCUCCUUCGAUGCCAGUGGCACGCUGACCCCUGAAAGGGCGGCACUCCCUUAUUUCCCCCGCCGAUAUGGUGCCCACGCCAGUCUCCGCUAUAACCCCCGGGAGCGCCAGCUCUACGCCUGGGACGACGGCUACCAGAUUGUCUAUAAGCUGGAGAUGAGAAAGAAAGAGGAAGAAGUCUGAGGACCUAGCUUUCGGGUUUGAAUCUCUCUCACCUCCACACAUUUAUAUCCCCACACCAUUUCCUGCUUCUCAUUCUCCAGAUGUGGGCAAGUUGUGGUUCCGAGCCCAUAUUGGCAGCCAAUGGAAGCCAGAUUCUCACAGCCCCUUCGUUUCCUGUGGGACUUUAGAUCUUGAGAAAUCCUUUCAGAGCUAAAAGGGAGAAGACCCUAAGCAUUCGCUCCUCUCCUGCCUUACGUCAAUGAAUUUCGGACCAGAGACCACAAAGACCCAGAGCUCUGACCCUUGUAUGGGGGCCACCCCAGCAAAUGAGCCAAAAAGUAUUUCUUGCCUCAGUGUGAGUCUGGGCAUGUGGGGUGGGGUGGGGUGGGGGGAAGGUGGUUGGGGGGGUGGGCAGAGUUCUGGGAGGAGAUUUUUCAACUCUGCCCUGCCUCCCUUCUCCCCUUAGCGCCCUGGAGAACACGACUUUCUCCACGUCGUUUUGUAUUGCAACAUUUUGCAUUAAAAGGCAC